CGUGAGAUCAGGUGCACAUCUCUGUCAAUCAAUCGAAACGAGGAACCCGAUUACAGAGCAAAAAAUUCCCCUGCAUCAGACACAGAACUCAUUUACAAUUUUUCCUCCGAAUCCAAUUCUCCGCUGCUGUUAUUAUCCAGAGUAGUAGGCUAGCCUAGCAGUAGAGAGGGAAACGAGCAAAGCGGUCGGCCCUUGCAAUCAAACGUUUCUGGGAGCAGCAGUGCCUCCGCCGCCGCCGCCGCCGCCGACCACGCAAGCAAAUGUCGGCGACCGUCGAUCCCGUCGCCGUCGACCUCGUCGACUUCCUCAACGCCUCGCCCACCGCCUUCCACGCCGUCGAGGAGGCGAAAAGGCGUUUGGAGAAAGCGGGAUUCAAGCAGGUGUCUGAGAGGGAGGAUUGGAAGCUCGAAAUCGGAGGCAAGUACUUCUUCACCAGGAACCAUUCGACCAUCAUCGCAUUCGCCGUUGGGAAGAAAUACGUUGCCGGAAAUGGAUUCCACAUCGUCGGAGCGCACACCGAUAGCCCGUGCCUCAAAGUCAAACCUAUCUCCAAGGUUUCGAAAGGAGGAUAUCUUGAGGUCGGUGUUCAGACUUAUGGCGGCGGGCUGUGGCACACCUGGUUCGAUCGCGACUUGACUCUGGCUGGGAGGGUGAUCAUUAGAGAAAAGAAGGGAGGUGAAAUCUCCUACUCACAUAAGCUUGUGAGGAUUCAGGAGCCUAUUUUGCGGAUUCCCACCUUGGCUAUUCACUUGGAUAGGAGCGUUAAUGAAGGAUUCAAGUUUAAUACCCACAGUCAACUUGUCCCUGUGCUGGCAACAGCCAUUAAGGGCGAAAUGCAGAAAUUAGUAGGAGAGAACUGUACCGCUGAAUCAAAUGCGAAGCAGCAUGUAGAUGAAAAAAAACAUCACUCCCUUUUAUUGCAGUUGAUUGCCAAUGAGGCUUCCUGCGAACCUGAUGCAAUAUGUGAUUUUGAGCUGCAACUUUGUGACACUCAACCAAGCAUUAUAGGAGGCGCUGCGAAGGAAUUUAUAUUCUCUGGAAGGGUUGACAACCUCUGCAUGUCCUUUUGCUCUCUUAAGGCUCUAAUAGAUUCAACGUCUCCGGAAAGUUCUCUUGAUGAGGAAUCUGGUGUAAGAAUGGUCGCAUUAUUUGAUCAUGAGGAGGUUGGAUCUGACUCAGCUCAGGGAGCUGGUUCCCCUGCCAUGUUGGAUGCUCUGUCGAGAAUAACACAAUUUUUCAGCUCUUCAGAUUCUAAGUUGCUAGAAAAGGCAAUACAGAAAAGCUUCGUGGUAUCUGCAGACAUGGCCCAUGCUUUACACCCGAAUUAUAUGGAUAAACAUGAGGAGAACCAUCAACCUAAACUUCACGGAGGUCUUGUUAUCAAACAUAAUGCAAAUCAGCGUUAUGCGACAAAUGCUGUCACUUCAUUUAUCUUUCGGGAGAUUGCAGAGAGGCACCAACUACCUAUUCAGGAUUUUGUUGUUCGGAACGAUAUGCCUUGCGGUUCGACCAUUGGCCCCAUACUCGCUAGCGGCGUCGGCAUCCGGACGGUCGAUGUCGGAGCGCCGCAGUUGUCCAUGCAUAGCAUAAGGGAAAUGUGUGCGGUCGAUGAUGUGAGGCAUUCGUAUGAGCAUUUCAAGGCAUAUUUCGACGAAUAUACGGAGCUGGAUGCCAAAAUCAAGGUUGAUUUUUAGGGUUUUUUACGUUAUAUUGUGUUGUGUUACCCAUCAUCUUAUGACAGUAAACCUACAGGGUUGUCAUAAAUGAAGCUAAAUUGGAAAGGCUUGUUAAAGCAGACAUAAUUUAUGUCGUGAGAUUUAUAUUAUGCUCUUAAUAAUUUUAUCGUGACUCGUUAGUUAA